GCCAUCAGCAGUGUGUUUGCUGCUCGGAGAAUAACUUGACUUUAUGACCGACCGAUCAUCAGCAGCUGGUCGCUGUGAGUCUGGAUCUGUGAACGCACAUGUGGAGCAGCUGGAAGUCGGGUUUUGGUGGAGCUGUGGUGCAUUUAAGAACAUUUUAGGAGAGAAAUAAGCGGGAAAAGGCCCCGAGCAGCGGCGGCCACCGCUGUGACCGGCUGAGGUUUGGAGGCUCCACAAACAGAAAGCCGAGAGCCUCCGAGCUCCGGACGACUUUAAUACGAAGAGAGCCGAGUCCGCUCCCGGCUCCUCCACUGUCCGCCUCCAGCUCCUCUCCCACGGUGCUUUGCGAGCCUUUUAUCCGCGAGGAGAAAACACAAGUGUCCCGGUGUUCACCCCGACCACAGGAGCCACGGCUGCACUGAGUCUCCACGGUUCUCAUGGUGUGUUCAAGUGCCGCCUCCUGCUCCGAGCUCCCAUCAGUCCGCUCCGAGUACACACGAAGCUCACAGGAAACAAUGGCAGAGGUCGCUCCCGCUCCCGCUCCAGCCGCCGCCCCGGCCAAAGCAGCCAAGAAGAAGGUUUCCAAGCCCAAGAAGGUCGGCCCCAGCCUGGGGGAGCUCAUCGUUAAUGCCGUGGCCGCAUCCAAGGAGCGGAGCGGCGUGUCCGCGGCCGCCCUCAAGAAGGCUCUGGCUGCCGGAGGCUACGACGUGGAGAAGAACAAGGCCCGCGUCAAGACCGCCAUCAAGAGCCUGGUGGCCAAGGGGACUCUGGUCCAGACCAAGGGAACCGGGGCCUCCGGCUCCUUCAAGAUGAACAAGAAGGCUGAACCCAAGGCCAAGAAGCCGGCGGCCAAGAAGGCCGCUCCCAAAGCCAAGAAGCCCGCCGCCAAGAAACCCGCCGCGGCCAAAAAGCCCAAGACCGCGGCCGCCAAGAAGCCGGCAGCUGCUGCUGCUAAAAAGUCCCCCAAGAAGGUCAAGAAACCUGCAGCAGCGGCUAAGAAAGCAGCCAAGAGCCCCAAGAAGGCCACCAAGAGCCCCAAGAAGCCCGCCAAGAAGGCCCCUGUACCCAAGAAAUCCCCCGCCAAGAAGGCCCCUGCGCCCAAAAAGGCCCCCGCCAAGAAGGCCGCCAAACCCAAAGUCAAGAAGGCCGCAGCCAAGAAGAAGUGAGCUGUCCUCCCUCCGACACAUGUUGAUCUUCAUCAAAGGCUCUUUUAAGAGCCACACACCUGUCCACAGAGAGCCGCUUCCUCCUCACUGUCAUCAUCAUCAUCAUCAUCAUCAUCAUCAUCAUCAUCAUCAUCAUCAUCACCACCACAAUACACUGUCUGAUAACUACACCACCAUCAACACCUUUACUGUGUUUACUUACUAUCACACUGUAAAAAGAACUUUAUUUUGAAAAACACCGCAUUUUAAUCGUAAUGAUCCAAACUUUAUUCCAUUACAGAGACAACAAACGUCUCAUCUCACAAUGUUCAGAAAACCCUUUAACCCAGGGAUGCCAGGGUGAAAUUGGCCUGGGGCCAGAUUUUUUUCAAGUGAGACCUCCGCGGCCGAAUUACACUUUCGAACUGAAAAGACCAAACACUGAUUCAACAUCACUGUCUGAAAUUAUUCACUAAGGCCUACAUCAAAAAUAAAUUGCAUUGGCACCACAAUAGCCUCACAAUGAGGCUUACAAUUACAUAGAAGCCUAAAGCAAGUUACAGUAACCACUGAAAACGUAACAUUGUCCUGUCCAUGUAGGGCUGUCAAAAUCUCUCAAAAAGGACGUUUGAAUAUUCCCUCUAAAAAACACAUAUUCAAACUAUUUGAAUAUCUAUUUGCGCAUUAUUCAAUGACGCGCAUCACAUCAAUACCAGUACAAACUAAUACAACGAGACAUAACUACUGUAUAGGUAGGCUAGUUUAUUUAAGUUCAAACAUAUUUGACAACAUAUUACCUACAUAAAAAUAACAUGAACUAAUGUCCAAGACCGCAGAGCUCACUCUUGCCGUCUCUCUCUCUCUCUCUCGUUUAAAUGAACAACAACAAUAAACAAAUGCUGAGUGCUGAUCAAAAGUUUUGUGCAAGCUUUUUAAGCUUAGGGAUGGCCGAUGUCUCCUUCACUGGUAUACUACUAUAUUGUCCGCGCGCGAGGGGAGGAGGGGGGCUCACUGCGCUGUUUGUCUCCCGCUCCGGGCUCAAAGUCACAACAGGCAGCUCUGCAGGAUUAAUAAAGUAUGUAAAAAAAAUUUUAUAAAAUAAAAUUAAAAAAUAAAACAUUAAAUUAAAUAAAAAAAAAAAAAAAAAGCCAUAUCAACCCACGGGAUGUUCAAUCGGGCCGGGUCCGGCCCGCGGGCCGUAACUAUGGCAUCCCUGCUUUAACCCUUUAAGUGGAUUUGAGUCUAAAUGUAAGGCUUCUCCCCCCGACCACGUCCCAGGUGAUAAGCGAAAACAUCAUUGUACAACUAGAGUGGCUGACUGUAGUGUGUGUUGUGGUUCAUGUAUCAUAUCAUCAGAAGUUAUGCUGCUGCUGCUGCUGCUUGUACAUUUCCCAGUCUUCUUAUUUGUAUCGUCUGUAUGAGGUUUUCUGGUGAUGGUGCAGAGACAGAGAAACCACAUGUAUGAAGACAGUAGAGAGCUGAUGAGUUCAGAUUAUUAUUAUUAUUAUUAUUAUUAUU